CUCUUCUUGAUCAUCUUCUCCAGCUCUUCAUCCGAUUGUUUAUCUUAGCUUAGAAGCUUCUUCCCACAUAUAUAGAAUCAUCGAAAGCUUAUCAUCAUAUCAAUCGUGUUGUCAAACUCUCUAAGCUUAAAUUACUUCUUUAUCGAAUAUAUACAAUUGAUGAUCAUAUAUAUGAGGGUGUGACAAAUAAAUUGGCCGGAUUAUAUAUUCAUUUGGGCAUUUUGGCUUGAUCCAAAAAGAUAGUAAAGGUGGAUCGUUCAAAUGGGAAGAGGCCCUUUUCAUCCGAUGAAGCGGAGAAGAAAGAGGUCUGCGGCGGCGGAGGCGGUGGCUCGGUGGCAGUUGACCCCAUUUUCCCGAUUUACUCGGCCCGGUCUCUUCAUGAUAUGACUGCCAUGGUUUCUGCCCUUUCCCAAGUCAUUGGAAGCACCCAAGCUGCUGUGGAUGAUUCCCUGCAUGGAAAUUCACUACAACCCCAAACUGGUGAUCUAUCUCUUCAACAACCAUCUCAGCCCAAUCCUCAAGAUCAAGAACGGAGCCAAAGAAAGAGGCACUAUAGAGGAGUGAGGCAGCGGCCGUGGGGGAAAUGGGCGGCGGAGAUCAGAGACCCAAAGAAGGCGGCGAGGGUUUGGCUCGGAACCUUCGACACGGCGGAGUCAGCCGCCUUAGCUUACGACGAAGCGGCAUUGAGGUUCAAAGGCAGUAAAGCCAAGCUCAACUUCCCUGAGAGAGUUCAAGGCAAGCCCCACCAGUUCGCGGCGGCGGCGGUGGCGCCUCACCAUUACUACCACCACCACCCAACUCGACACCUCCAGUUCCACACAACUCCUCCGCCGUCUCUCCUUUCUCCAUUCCUCCCGCAUUUUCCCCUUCCAUACUACGUACCCGUUCUCGACAACCAAUACGCGGCGGCGGCGCAGUUUGUUAUCGGCGGCGGCCAAAGAACGGCAGUCAACGCUCUCCCCCCCACCUUCGGGGAUGACCUAAUGUUCGACCGCCGGGGAAUGGCGUCGCCGGAAACCUUCGUUUCACCGACGUCGUCUUCGACAAGUUCCACGGCGCAAUCCCAUUAUCAACACAAUCAUCACCAAUUCACGGGACUUCCUCAAUUUCCGUACGGCGGCUCCGACGAUAAAGAAUGGGAGGAACAUGAAAUCAAGAACGUCAAAAAGUGAUGGGAUUUUUGUUGUUGCUUUAGGCCGGCCGGUUAAUCAUUAAUGAUUAAUGCAUGCACGUUUCUUGUAAUUUGGGCAUUAAUUAUUGUAUUUUAAUUUUUAAUUAUAUGCUUUUACGAUCCCGAUCCCGAUCUCGAUCAGCUGGAAUCUUGAAACGGCUUUUGAAAAUGAGAGAGUAUUUGUCUGAGCUGCGCAAUAUUUUGGCUAUUUAAUUUUAAUAGGACGCCAAAUUUCAAGUCUUUUUUGUUUUCUACAUUAUCUAAAAAGAUACUUGUAUCCUUCUUUUUCUUUGCCAUGGAAUGAUAUGGAUUGAAGGAUAUUUUGAUAC